UGGAGAAAUGCCGUCCACACACACACACACACACACACACACGCGCGCGCGCUCGCGCACACACACUCACGCGCGCACACGCACACACACUGUACCGCGCGCUCCUGCCUGCCUCGUGCUGCUCUAACACAAGACCAUCAGUGAAGUGAAACUGGAGACAGAGCGCGUGUCUUCUGGAGAUCCGCAAGCAAAGUGUCCAGCAGAAGAGAGAAGGACAUCACUCUUCCUGAACAGACGGAAUGUGCCAUGGAGCUGGCACACAUUUAUAAAUGACCAUCUUGAUAAAAACAGAGAGGCUGCAGCUCCCAUCCCUGAAACCGGCGUGUGAGUGAAGAGCAGAAGCGCACAACCUUCCGUCCUUCCUUCGUCCUGUUGUUUCUGAGGAAUGUGCAGGAAAGAAAUAAUUGCAGCAGAUCUGCUGCGUGAUUCCGUGGCGGUCCGAGCAGCCUGAUGUGGAUUUAUUCCAGCUGAGGACGCAGACAGGAGAAGCUCCAGGCAGGGAUGAACCGCAGCGCCUUGUUUUCUGUGAGAAGCAUGUGAAGACGGUGAAAUAGAAGAACCAUACAGUUUAACCAUUAGGACUCUGACAGAAAGGUUGUAACUUCUGAGACCCUGCCUGAUUUCUAGUUUUGUUUCCUCCUUGCUGUCCUUUGGGAUCAUGGAGGGCCAGCAAGAUUCACAAAGGACUUUACAAGUAAACUCUUCUAGUUCUUUAACGCUGCCCUUGUGCAUCUGGCUGCUGGUGCUAACACUUGCUACAACAUGCAGUGGACAGACAUUUACCACAUUUCACCCUGAGAAGCGAGAAUGGUCUUUCAAUCAUCUGACGGUCCAUCAGACAACAGGGGCGCUUUAUAUUGGUGCUGUUAAUCGAGUCUACAAGCUCUCUGGCAACCUCACUCUCCUGGUCUCCCAUGACACUGGCCCUGAAGAUGACAACAAGGCCUGCUACCCCCCUCUCAUAGUCCAGCCAUGUUCUGAACCACUGGUCUCUACCAACAAUGUCAACAAGCUUCUCCUUAUUGAUUACUCUCAGAACAGGCUACUGGCCUGUGGGAGCCUCUAUCAGGGUGUAUGCAAGCUACUUCGGCUGGAUGAUCUCUUCAUACUGGUAGAACCGUCACACAAGAAAGAGCAUUAUCUCUCUAGUGUCAAUCAGACAGGCACUAUGUAUGGAGUUAUUGUGCCUUCCCAGGGCAAAGAUGGCACGCUUUUCAUUGGCACUGCAGUAGAUGGGAAGCAAGACUACUUCCCAACCAUUUCAAGCCGCAAACUUCCUCGUGACCCAGAGUCCUCAGCCAUGCUUGACUAUGAACUGCACACUGAUUUCGUCUCCUCAUUAAUCAAGAUUCCUUCAGAUACCCUAGCACUGGUCUCCCACUUUGACAUUUACUACAUCUAUGGCUUUGCCAGUGGCAAUUUUGUGUACUUUUUGACCGUACAACCAGAGACGCCAGAAAACGGCAUGGCCUCCAGUGGUUCCUCAAAUGAUCUCUUCUAUAUUUCGCGCAUUGUACGUCUCUGCAAAGAUGACCACAAGUUCCACUCCUAUGUGUCACUGCCCAUUGGCUGUGUGCGCAAUGGCAUAGAAUACCGGCUGCUACAGGCAGCCUACCUGGCCAAACCAGGAAGAGUGCUUGCCACCUCUCUCAACAUCAGUGCCACAGAUGAUGUGCUCUUUGCCAUCUUUUCUAAAGGCCAGAAGCAGUACCACCGGCCCCCUGACGAUUCAGCUCUCUGCGUCUUCACCAUCAAGGACAUCAAUGCCCGCAUCAAAGAGCGCCUGCAGUCCUGCUACCAAGGAGAAGGCAACCUGGAGUUGAGCUGGCUGCUGGGGAAAGAUGUUCAGUGCACCAAGGCGCCGGUGCCCAUUGAUGACUCCUUCUGUGGUCUGGACAUUAACCAACCCCUGGGUGGCUCUCAGCUGGUGACUGGACACACACUCUACACCGAAACCAGAGACCGCAUGACCUCAGUGACCUCCUAUGUGUACAACGGCUACUGCGUGGCUUUUGUUGGCACUAAGAGUGGACGUCUGAAAAAGAUCCGUGUGGAUGGGCCUCCUUAUGGCGGUGUGCAGUACGAGACAGUGUCCGUCGUUAAGGACAGGAGCCCUAUUCUCAGAGACAUGGCCUUCUCGCUGGACCAUAAUUACAUCUAUGUCAUGUCUGAGAGACAGGUGACGCAGGUGCCCAUCGAGUCCUGCGAGCAGUACGGAACGUGUCACGAGUGUCUGAGCUCUGGAGACCCGCAUUGCGGCUGGUGUGUGCUGCACAACAUGUGUUCUCAGAGGGAUCGGUGCGAACGAGCCAACGAGCCCUACCGUUUUGCGGCCACGCUGAAUCAGUGCAUAAAGGCCACUGUGUAUCCUGACAGCAUUGCAGUUUCUGAGCCCAGUGUACCGCUGCUGGUGAAGGUGACUGAUGUUCCCGAUCUCUCUGCUGGAAUCACCUGUGCCUUUGGAAACCUGACUGAAGUAGAGGGGACGGUGAAUGGUAAUCAGAUCCUGUGCAUCUCUCCUGCUGCUAAAGAUGUCCCCGUAAUUCCUGCUGAUCAAGACUGGUCUGGGGUGGAGCUCAGGCUGAACUCGAAGGAGACAGGUCAAAUGCUGAUCAGCACUGAGGUUAAAUUCUACAACUGCAGUGUACACCAGCUGUGUCUAUCUUGUGUAACCAGUUCCUUCCGGUGCCACUGGUGCAAGUACCGAAACCUGUGUACACAUGAUCCGUCUAGCUGCUCUUUCCAGGAGGGACGGGUCAAUGCCUCAGAGGACUGUCCUCAGCUAGUGCGCUCCGAGGAAAUUCUGAUCCCAGCCGGAGAAGUGAAGCCUAUCACGCUGAAGGCCCGGAACCUUCCGCAGCCUCAGUCAGGUCAGCGCGGCUAUGAGUGUGUGCUGCACAUCCAGGGGGUCAGCCACCGAGUCACAGCACUGCGCUUCAACAGCUCCAGUGUGCAGUGCCAGAACAGCUCGUACCUGUAUGAGGGUAUGAGGAUUAGUGAGCUGCCGGUGGAUUUCUCUGUGGUGUGGAAUGGCAACUUCAUCAUCGAUAAUCCUGAGAACAUUCGAGUGCAUCUGUACAAGUGUGGCGCUCAGAGAGACAGCUGUGGCAUGUGCCUGAAGGCGGAGAGGAAGUUCCAGUGUGGCUGGUGCAGUAUGGAGGGCCGCUGCACCCUACAGCACCACUGUCCCAUGAUCAACCCUUACACCAACCGCUGGCUAAAUCUAGCCACCAAUAACGUCAAGUGCACUAACCCACGCAUCACUGAGGUGACCCCAGUAGCUGGGCCUCCAGAAGGGGGCACCAGGGUGACUAUUCGUGGGGUGAAUCUGGGUCUGUCUUUCUCUGAAAUGGAAGAUAACGUGCAGGUGGCAGGAGUACGGUGUACCCCGAAAGAGGAUGGCUACAUCAUUGCAGAACAGAUAGUGUGUGAGAUGGAUGCAUCUCCAGAAGACACCAAGGCCGGUCCUGUGCAGCUAUGCGUGGGAGAGUGUAAGCCCGAGCUGCAGGCUCGCUCUUCCCAGCUCUACUCUUUUGUGACACCAUCUGUAACUGGGCUAUCACCCAGUCGAGGUCCAGAAUCAGGGGGCACUAAGGUGACCAUCAUUGGAGUGAAUCUGGGAGCAGGAAGCAGUGUCAGCGUUCUGUUCGGGAACCAGACCUGCGAGUUCUAUGAGCGGACUAUGACGGAGAUUGUGUGCUACUCUGCUCCCUCUUUGACGGGGGUGGGCCCAGUGCAGAUCGCUGUAAGUGUGGAUCAUGCCCAGGUGAAGGAGAAACUCACCUUUGAGUACAUCGAUGAUCCCACUGUACAGCGCAUUGAGCCUGAAUGGAGCAUUGCAAGUGGACACACUCCCCUUGUAGUGACCGGAACCAACUUGGAUGUGGUCCAGGAACCCAGAAUACGGGUCAAGUAUGGCGGACAUGAAUCAGUAAACGUGUGUAAGGUCCAGAAUAGCACCACUAUGAGCUGUUUUGCACCGUCUCUGGCGGCGGAGUACACGCCUGGGCUGGACUCAGUAAAGCAUGCAGACGAGUUUGGCUUCAUCUUCAAUAACGUGCAGGCCCUUCUGGUUUACAACAACACUAACUUCCUGUACUAUCCGAACCCUUACUUCGAACCUCUCAGUACCAAUGGAGUCCUGGAGCAGAAACCAGGCUCUCCUAUUAUUCUGAAGGGGAAGAACUUGGUUCCUCCAGGCACAGGGGGAGUGAAGCUGAACUACACUGUGCUCCUGGGAGAGACGCCCUGCUCAGUCACGGUGUCUGACACUCAGCUGUUGUGUGAACCGCCCAACCUCACUGGCCAGUACAAAGUCAUGGUGCAGGUAGGCGGUCUUCAUGUCUCUCCUGGAUCUGUGAACAUCCUAUCAGACAGUCUCCUGACUCUACCCGCCAUCGUAAGUAUAGCAGCCGGCGGAGGCCUUCUACUGAUCAUCGUCAUCCUCGUCCUCAUUGCCUACAAGCGCAAGUCACGGGAAAACGACCUCACGCUCAAGCGGCUGCAGAUGCAGAUGGACAACCUGGAAUCCAGGGUGGCGCUUGAAUGCAAAGAGGCUUUUGCAGAGUUGCAAACAGACAUUAACGAGUUGACCAGCGAUCUCGACAGAGCUGGAAUCCCUCACCUGGACUACCGCACAUAUGCUAUGAGAGUGCUGUUCCCUGGCAUCGAAGACCACCCAGUUCUCCGAGAGCUCGAGGUCUCAGGUAAUGGACAGCAGACUGUGGAAAAGGCUCUGAAGCUGUUUGCACAGCUGAUCAACAACAAAGUGUUUCUGUUGACGUUUAUUCGUACGCUUGAGCUGCAGCGCUCUUUCUCAAUGCGAGACCGCGGCAAUGUGGCUUCGCUCAUCAUGACGGCGCUACAGGGAAGACUGGAGUACGCAACAGAUGUUCUCAAGCACCUUCUCUCUGACCUCAUCGACAAGAACCUGGAGAGUAAGAACCACCCCAAGCUGCUGCUGCGCAGGACUGAGUCUGUGGCUGAGAAGAUGCUCACCAACUGGUUCGCUUUCCUCCUUCACAAGUUCCUCAAGGAGUGUGCUGGAGAGCCUUUGUUUAUGCUCUAUUGUGCUAUAAAGCAGCAGAUGGAGAAAGGGCCUAUAGAUGCCAUCACAGGGGAAGCUCGCUACUCACUCAGUGAAGAUAAGCUCAUCCGACAGCAAAUAGAGUACAAAACUUUGAUUUUGAACUGUGUGAAUCCGGAUAACGAGAACAGUCCGGAGAUUGCAGUGAAGGUGCUGAACUGUGAUACCAUUACGCAGGUGAAGGAAAAGAUACUGGAUGCCAUCUACAAGAAUAUGCCCUACUCUCAGAGACCCAGAGCUGUAGACAUGGACCUGGAGUGGCGUCAGGGCCGGAUGGCACGAGUGGUCUUGCAGGAUGAAGAUAUCACCACCAAGAUUGAGAAUGACUGGAAGAGGCUCAACACACUCAUGCACUAUCAGGUGUCAGACCGCUCUGUAGUGGCGCUGGUUCCGAAGCAGACCUCCUCCUACAACAUUCCUCCCACAGCCAGCAUUUCCCGCACAUCCAUCAGCAGAUACGACUCGUCGUUUCGCUACACAGGAAGUCCAGACAGCCUUCGCUCCCGGGCUCCUAUGAUCACUCCAGACCUGGAGAGCGGAGUAAAAGUGUGGCACUUGGUCAAGAACCAUGAACACGGAGACCAGAAGGAGGGCGACCGUGGCAGCAAGAUGGUGUCUGAGAUCUACCUCACCCGCCUGCUAGCUACUAAGGGUACACUGCAGAAGUUUGUGGACGAUCUGUUUGAGACUCUGUUCAGCACGGUGCACAGAGGCAGCGCCUUGCCUUUAGCUAUCAAGUACAUGUUCGAUUUCCUGGACGAGCAGGCCGACAAGCAUGGCAUCCAUGACAUGGAUGUUCGCCACACUUGGAAAAGUAACUGCCUUCCACUGCGAUUCUGGGUGAACGUGAUUAAGAACCCUCAGUUUGUGUUUGACAUUCACAAGAGCAGCAUCACAGACGCGUGUUUAUCCGUAGUGGCCCAGACUUUCAUGGACUCGUGUUCCACCUCAGAACACAGGCUGGGGAAAGACUCUCCCUCCAACAAGCUGCUCUAUGCUAAAGACAUCCCCAACUACAAGAACUGGGUGGAAAGAUACUACGCUGAUAUAAGCAGACUGCCAGCGAUCAGCGACCAGGACAUGAAUGCAUACUUGGCUGAGCAGGCACGGCUCCACUCCCAUGAGUUUAACAUGCUGAGUGCUCUGAAUGAGAUCUACUCUUACGUCAGCAAGUACAGCGAAGAGAUCACUGCAGCAUUGGAGCAGGACGAGCAGGCUAGGAAGCAGAGGCUGGCCUACAAGGUGGACCAACUGAUUGCUGCUAUGUCCCUGGAGAGCUGAGACACACACAUGGAUAGAGCAAUGGAACACAAGUUCUCUGUGCCAUGAAUCCUUUAUCCAAAGCCUGGUCCUGCGACUCAAGUGGACAUGGGAUACAGCUGACUUAGGAUUUUCUGAUCUCUUGUUAUGGUAUUUCUUUGAAAAGGGUCAAAAUGGUUACCUCCACAAGUCAAUCUGCACGUCCAUCUACUUUUGCCUUCCAAUGUGUAAGAGGAGUCAACUCAAGAUUUUAAAUUGCUUAAAAACUAUAUGCUGGGCCCAGCAGCGUUUAGAGGCAUCAUGCAUGUUCGUUUUUGUAUUUGUUUUGUCUGCGUUGGUUUUAUACCCACGAUUGGCAGAUGUGAUGGGACUACAGCUACAAUACCUCUUUGUAAUUGUUUUUUUUUUUUUUUUCUGGUGGCAUGUCAGAAGAACAGAAGAGAGAGCAUUGGAUAUUUAAUGCCUCAAUUUAAAUCCAGCGGAUGGGUUUUACUUCCAAAUUUUAUUUUUAUACGAUUAUUGUUUUUAUUUAAUUUAUUCUGUUGAGCUUGUGCCUCCAAAUUCUUAAAGGCAUAGUGACAUUAGUAGUCCUCUUCGUCAAAUAAUGUGAUCAUGACAUUUCUAUAUUCGUCUGUUUAAAACCAGAGGCCGCGUAUGCUCAUCAUACAGAGAACGUGGACUUUACGGAACUCUCUAGGACUCAUGAGCAAACCGCUGUAUUUUGAGAAAGCUCAUCAAACUGUUGGUGUUCAAGGGGUCAAAGUUUGACCAGCAUGUCUUUUCAUCCAUGCAGCGCUCAUGUUUUCCAAGACUGCACUUCACCCAUGGAAAACGCAAUGAGACUGGCUUAUAGAAUCCCCCGCAAUCUCUACGUCUCUACGUCCUGUUUUCUACAUGUAAGCCUUUGUGAAUGUACAAAUGUUCCUCUAUCUUGUCCGUUUGUUUGUUUUUAAAAAAAGAAGAGGUCAGUUGAGCUGAUCUCGAUGGCAAAAUGGCCAAAAGGGCAUCUAAUGCGCUACGUCAAAUUCUUCAUUCUUGAUUACAUUGCCAAAAUAUGCUGUACCACUGAUUUCAACUUGGACAAAUUAAUUACAUGAUUUUCGAAGAGACAGCAGCAAUGAGAGCCCUUUAUUUCGGCUGGUAGGUGGAGGAACAUUCUUUAGAAGGAGAGCACUGACUUGAGGUCAGCUCACCUCAGUACCAGGCAGUAUUACUUAUUACCUAUGGUCCAAUGUGUGUGUAUUUUGCAUGCAUUAUAGAGUACCUCAUAAAGGAAGUAUAAUGUCUUUGUUCCCAUAUGUUCAUAUUUUCAAGUGCCAGGGGUUUUACUUGAGUGGUGCAUGUGGCUGGCUCAGAGGCAAACUGAGGAUAGAGUGUCCCAUCUUUCUAACCUUACAUUUACAGAGCACUAAACUAACUUUGGUGUUGUAUCAUGUUUAAGUGCCAAAAAGUCAGUCUCGAUUAUCAAUGUCAGAAACGGUUAAUGCUUUAUUAAGGGAGCAAACCCUUCAAAACUUGAACAGAGCAAACAGAGUGGCACUGGAGAAGAACUGGAAACGAGAAAAUCAUCAGCAGGCACAGCUUCUACCAUUCCACCGAAACCAAGAACCGGUACGAAAAGAUAGUGAGCUCCUCAUGCUAUUUGAAAACUUGGAAUUGUGAUUGCUGUGUGUGUGUGUGUGUGUGCGUGCGUGCAUGCGUGUGUGUGUUUGUUUCUUUCUUUCUUUCUUUUCUCCCCUUCUGCAUCAUGAAACAUGUCAACAGCAUGCAUGAACAAAAUAUGCUUUAAUAGCUUUAAUUUACAAUGCAUGAUUCUAGGUAGAGCUGUUUUUUUUAAAGAUCUGAACAAUGGACAACUUCAUAACAGGCAAUGUGUGUGUGUGUGUGUGUGUGUGUGUGGGUGGGUGUGGGUGUGUGUGUGCGGUGGUGGGGUUAAGAUGACUUAUUUGCAUACCGCAACCUGUGGCCAGGAUCGUCAUCAUUUUCUUCCAUGAGACUUUCAGCAGUGAAAAGUGAAAAAUGAAGUUAUUUAUUUAGGUCCAUCUAAUACCUGAUUCUGCUUUAAAACUGAAUUUGUGCACUCUGAAUUGAAUUUUGAAACCACAUAAGCAGAUUUAAAGCCCCUUUUCCAAUUGUCUGUUUAUUUCUUUUGUUUCUGCAUUGUUCCUUGCUCCCAGCAUCGGCAAAUUUUUUUAGUCAGAGAUAGAUAAACAAAAUAUUGAGACUGAUAAAAAAAGAUCAUCAAAUGAAGGUGAAAGAAAGGUUGAAAGAGCAUGGACACUGUGCAAUGCUUUAUUGCUUAGCCAUAUUGCAUUGAGUGUUUGGGAAGGAUAGAAAUGAGAAAGGGAGAGAGAGGGAAGGAUAGAGAGAUGGGGGGGCUUUACUCUCAGUUUCCUGCCAGGGCUUUGAAGCAUGGCUUUGAUCUCAGCUAGUCAUGUGCACACCAAGAUCAGGAGAUAAAAAAAGAGUAUACAUGGAACGCACUUCAAAAAUAGGAGGGAGUGAGGAAUAAUAAGAAGACUGACAUGACUGACAUGGAAUUAAUUUGUCAAGCUACAGCAUGUUAGAAACACUGCAGGAAUGCCGUUUGUAUAUAGUCAUAUAUAGGCGUUUAAAAUGCACUUGAGCAUGUGAAUUUCAUUCAUUGAGAACAUCACACACACACACACACACACACACAAGCACAUGGACAUAAGGCACUUCAUAUUCCAGUGACAGCAGGUGAUAUAGAAGCGCAACUUGCUUCAGGCUAUCAAAAGGUCUUCCUAUAUUUUUUAUUUGCCAGACAAGCCCAUUCCUGCUCCAGCCAUCUUUCCCAGAUCUCACACCCUUAGCUCCUCCCAUUUUCUUCAAUUGGAAUGGUAAUGUUGAUAUGGCCAGAUUAGUUAAGAGGAUAUAGUGGCUUGGCUGUUCCUUUUUCUGAAAUUCACAAUCACAGAUAAUAGCUUGCUUAGACUUUCCAGAUGAAGGAUUGCCAUCAACAGCACAGCACACAAGACAAAGCCAGGAACUCUCUAGACCAAAUUGUUCCACACUUAAAGUAACUAAAACUGUCAAGGCAAGAACAACACAGAUGCUUCUCACAUCUGCUGGUAGUUAAUAAUAGUCAAUGAUAGAUGAUGGUAGUUAGUAAUAGUAGUGAUGACACUGUGGUCUGGUUUAAAAUCAACAAGAGAUGAAGAACCAGAACAAUGCUAACUCUUUAGUAAAUAGCACCAUUCUGCAUCUGAUGUCAUUGAUACAUUACAUAUACAUUGGUAAACAUUAGAACUUAUCCAGAUAAAGAAUAUAUGUUCCAUUUUAACACUUGCAUCGUGCAGGUCUAACAUUCCCCUUUGUAACAUAAUGCUUCUUGUAAGGUGUGGUAUGAGCUCAUUUUUUUUCUCUCACUGUUACCAAAACAGAAUAGAAAUUCAGAGCAUGAGGCAUUAGUCUGAAACCACUAAAGUGAUGUGCAGUGAUGCAUUUAGUGCAGCCCUUUCCUACUUUUCACACAAAAGUCCACUUUAUUAGCUCACAUCUUGCUGUCAGUGAUCAAAUAGCAUGCUACAGAUUUAUACUCAUGUACUCUUCACAUUACCAAUCCAGUCAUUCAUUGGAGGAAGAAAAUAAAUAAUGGGAGAGAUCUCUGCAGUCAGAAUGCUACCUGGUUAUAUGUUACAUUUACACAAACCUUUAUACGACAUUUUCUUUUUUUAGACACUGGAGGUCUGUAAUAUAGUUAAUACAAAAAAAUAAUAAUGACCAUGAUAAUAGUACUUAUUGCUGUCUGUUAUUGUUGUUUUAUAAAAGUGUUGUGAAAACUGUAAGAAUGUUAAAGUAUUUAAAAAAAAAAAAGUUUGGUCUUUUUUAUUUGCUUUAGUUUUUGUUAUAUAUUAUUGUGUACCUAUUGUAAAUAUGAAGCACACCUAUUUUGCAAGCCAAGGAUUCAAUUUGUACUGUUGUUAUAUAUAAAUAAAUUUUACUGGUUAGAAAAUGGA